AUGCAUUAUGUAGUGAUGAACACAGCCGAGCGGCCCAUGAAGGGGUGGACUUACAACGUGAUGAGCGGUGCCUUCGCCUUCAUCGCAGGAGCCGGUCGGGGAGCAUUCAGGACAAUCUACGCAGAUGGAAACGCCGUUGCAGAUCUUGUCCCCAGUGACUACUUCACUGCCUUCUUGUUAGCCACUGCUUGGAGGACAUCUCUCCGGAGUGACUUGCAGGUCUACCAUUACACCUCUGGCACGGUGAGCCCUAUCCUGUGGUCGGACUACACUUCUACAGUGAUGAAGCAUUUGGAGAAUUAUCCGACGGACAAUGUUAUCAUUCCUCCAAAGGCCAAGUGUCGCAAGAGCUAUCUCCACAAUUGGUUCAUCGUCGUUCUCUUCCACUAUCUACCGGCUCUCAUCUUAGACUUUUUCGGCCUAGCUUUGGACGUUCCAUUCAGGGUUUGGGAGAUACAGAAGAAAUACACUCGCGGCAUGUGCUACGCUUCCUAUUUCACCUUGAACCAGUGGUGGUUCACCAUGGACAACCAGAUGUUGGUUUGGGAAGAGAUGGAUGACGAAGAUAAGAAGGAGUUCUGGUUCAAUUUGGAAAACUUCAACUGGGACAGAUACAUCAAGACCUGUGUGUUGGGAGUAAGGAGAUAUUUCCACAAGCAGGACGAUAGUAAUCUAAAACAAGCUAGAUCUCUAUACUCAAAGAGAAAGUUGCUUUAUUAUUGUGCCUGGAUCUUCACCUACUUCUGUAUUGUCUGCUUUCUUCAAUUCUUCACCAGCGCUUCAAUUAGUUUAUUCAGUGGUUUUGUCUUGAUACUUUUCUUAUAUUGGGUUUGA